CACCAACUCACACAGGAAUUCAAACUUCUGAAGAAUCUCUAGAGUAGUUGGUCUCUGACCUUUUUCUCCAUUCACAACCUUCAAUCCCCACAAGAAGACUUCCUUGCAGAGAACCUUCACUAUCCUUUCAAACCAAACCAAGCCUUCAUCCAAAGUCUCAAUCCUUUCUGUCUUUCCUCUUUCUUCUAUCAUGGUGCAAAGAAAAGCACCAAACAAGCUUGGGUCUCUAACAGAACCAAAGAAGAGCCAUGUUCUAUCAGAGAAGUGCUUGUCCUCUCAUCAUCCACAUGAUGCAAGGAACAAGGCAGGAGGAGAUCUCAAGAAGAUAAUGAAGAAGACCAGAUCCAUCAAAGCCUCAGAAUUGGAGAGCCUCACAGCAUCUCCAUUCAGAAGCAGAAAGAUUCAACUAAAUAAGCCUCCACCGCGCGUGAAGCCUUCUGCCAUGAUAACGUCAAAUGGAUCACCAAAUUAUAUGAAGCCUACAAGCAGUUCGGAUGCGAGGAAGGAGCGGUUGCAGGUAACUUUCCAUUCCUCAUCUGCCAAUGAUAAAAGCAAAAGCCCAAAGAACUCAAACAAUUCAAAUUACUCAAUACCGCCAUUUCCUCCCGCUAAUACUGGUAUCAAACCAGCAAAGACCUUAGCAAGGAAAUCUAGUUUGAGGCCAAAAAGGCCUUCAAUGAAGAAGAGCUCAGGGAUGGUUCUCUGUCACAAGAAGAAUGUAAACAGGGCCACCUGCUCAUCCACUUUAAAGGAUUCAAAGUCCCCCAAGGUUUUGGAGCUCAAUCCAGGAGGUACCGAGUCAGAAGGGACUUCAAUCAUGAAGGUCUGCCCUUACACUUACUGCUCUCUGAAUGGUCAUAUGCAUGAGUCUUUGCCUCCACUGAAGCGUUUCUUGUCGGCAAGGAGACGGUUGCUUAAGACCCAGAAGAGCAUGAAGCUGGAAGGUCUCUCUUCAUUUAGAAAAAGAAGUUUAAGGAAGGGCAGAGGGGCAGAGAGAAUCAAUAUUAGUAGUGCUCCAUCAGAGUUAAAGGUCAAUUCACUAAAAGAGGAUGCUGGCAAUGAUUUCUUUGUUGAAAUCUAUGCUAAACCUGAAGAACCAAUCAGAGAAGUGGUGUUUUGUGAUGAAAGAAGAAUUCAGGAAGACUGUAGUAAAGAGAUUGCUGAAAUUCUCAAUAAUUUAUCAUCGAUGGAUGAUGAUUGGGACUGGGAGAGUGGUGAACUCGAAGCUGAAGAAGGUGAUGUAAGAAUUAGAUCAAAUCAGGUACCUGACAUAUAUUCAGAGAUCAGCUUUGGAGGUGGUCUAGAUCUGGAUAGUGGAUCGGUCGAGGAAAUGGAUGCUACCAUGACUUUUCUUGAUUCUGCAGAAUGUAAUCAACAAGCAGAAGCCAAGGAAGAAAACUUAUCCUGCUUUCUAUCAGCAGAUUGUGAUGAAAGGGGUUUUGAAUGCUGCAUGGAUAAUGAUUUGGAAAACACAAAUGAAGGCCUUAUGGAGAGUGGUGAAAAUAUUCCGACAACUAAAACUACUGAUAUGGAUUCUGAAGAGAAAGGAGGAGCAUUCCCUGACAAUAAGACUGAUAACUCUGAGUACCUCUGCGAUGGAUUUGGCCUCAUACUUGGCCCCUUAACAAGGAAUGAGAAUAAAGAUGAUGUGUUUUUGUUGGAGCCAGCAUAUACUUCAAUCACAAGUGAAGAAGGAAAAGUUGCUGAGAAAUGUGAUGCUGCAGCAUCUGAAUGUGGUGCUUUAGAAGGUAAUUUCAAUGAUGAAACAUGGAACAUGCCUUAUGAUCUAAUCAAUAAUGAACUCAUUGAUGUUUUAGAAGAACAAGAGUCAUUAGAAGAAAACUGUUUGGGUGAUGUCUUGCUUAUGAGCAAUGAGAACAUUCAUGACUCAGAAGAAUGCAGCAUUCAAGAUUCAGAGAUUUUCCGAGGGCAGCACCUUCAAGCGCAGAACAUUGAUGUUAUCCCUAUUCUUGGCUGCGACACAUCUGAACCAGUUGAUCUUGAAGGAGAAGAGGAUUUCCUCACUGCAGAUGGAAGCCCAGACAAGUCAAACCUCAACACUAACAUCAAAGAAGAGAGAAAUGGAAAUGAAAUACAGUCUUUUGAUAAUCUUCAGGGAGUUGGUGAGACAGAUCAGAAUAACAUGGAAACUGAUCAUGUCCAAUCAGAAUUGGAGAUCGAAGAACCCACACUUGUUGAUGCAACUGAAGAUUCAAGUGUUCUUCCUGAGAUUGGUGACAACUUCAUCUUUAAUGAUCAAUUAGAUGAGAGCAAUUUGAGGGGGACCGAGGAGCAAGAAAAAGGACAGAAAGAGGAAAAUUGCAUCCAUAAUGUACUACAAAUUAAAGAUGCAGUCAGAUUUGAUGUAGAUGAGAAAGGCCUUGAAGCUGACAGUGAAAGCCCUGAAACAGAUAGCUCUAACCAGCCAUUUUCUGAGGCCAGCAGUAAGCAGAAAGAUAGAUACAAAUACAACCACAUGAGAAGGAGAACAACUAAGGAUUUGGAAGAAAUGAAACAAUUUAAUCCACGGGCACCACGGUUUCUUCCGAUAGAACCAGACCCAGAAGCUGAAAAAGUUGAUCUCAGACACCAAAUGAUGGAUGAAAGGAAAAAUGCAGAGUCAUGGAUGAUAGAUUAUGCACUCCAACAGCUAGUCACCAGACUCACUCCUGCUCGGAAGAGGAAGGUAUCACUACUUGUUGAGGCUUUUGAGACUGUUAUGCCACUGCCCAUGUGUGAAUCACCCUUGCAGAGUCCAACAUCAGCCUUUGCUAUACAAGCUUGCAGCUAAUGGAGUUUGAGUUCUUGUCUUGCUGUUAAGAAUAUGUAAGUAUACAAUUGGGAACUUACCGCAUUAUGGCGCAAGGAAGCAAGUUCAGCAAACAAGUUAUUCAUAAUGCAGGCAACAUUGAAGCAGCGGAAGGAUCUCAUCUCAUGGAGGCGAUAUUGUGUUCAAGUUUGACCAUUAUGUUGUUCACCUAUUUUGGGCAUGUGAAAUUAAUAAGGUCUGUUGUUUGUGAGUGACAAAGUCUUGUAUUUUUGUUUUGGUAUCCUCUCUUAUCGUAAAGCUACCAUGCAAUUCCAAACAAUUGAUUUCAUCAUUUAUAUGAAGUUAUGAAUUCCUAUGA